GCAAUACAGAAGAAUCUACAGCUUAUCAAGUGCGUCCGCGCCAACAUCAUCACUGGAUACACAGGCACUUCCAUUGGAUAGCCAAGUAGUCGUCCAUGCCCCGAAGUAGUCGGCCGCAUAACCCCCCAAGACCCGUUUCGUCCCAUAGACUUGAUAGACAAGACAGAGGAACUUCCUCGUCUCCACUAACACCUCCCGCCCACGUCCAAGCACGGAAGCGGGAGUCACAGAAGCAGCAUACCCUUUCCAGCACCGAAUUCUCGGCAACGCAAGACCACAUCGACACUAGCAGCUCCCCUCAGGCAACAGAAACGAUGGCAGCGACCCGCACAAGGUCACAAUUUCAAUCUCCACCCUUAUCUGCACCCCGGCACCCUCGCAGCAACAACCGUCGCAAAGAUGAUGUACGACCAGAGCGCAAAGCCUCCGUGAGGAAGGAGCAGUAUGAUCUCGACGAAGACGAUGAUGAUGACGAAGAUGAUGAAGACGAUGGCGAAGAGCGGCGACAAGCCAUUGGUCUUUACGAAGAUGACGACGAGUCGGACCUUUCCGACGCUCCACCCGUUCCUGGAGAAGAAGGGUCUAGCGCCGGAGGACAACUCGAUCAAUCAGAUUUCUCCGACGAUGACAUGGCUGCAAAGCUGCAAGCAGCCGGCGAUGGAGAAUCGCUGUUGGGUUCUGGCGACUCUGAUGAUGGACAGGAAGACGACGAAGAGCGGUACAUCAUCGCCGAUGCUGCAAAGGCGGAAUCCAAGGCAAACGCCCGCUUGGAGCGCUUAAAGCUGCUCGAAGCAAAACGUGCGGAGCAACGACGUCGUCGAGCUACCAACAGCAAUGGCAAUCGCAGUCAAUUCGAAGAAGACGCACAGGACGGCGACAUAGAAGACCUUCAAAUGGGCGACGCAGAGGAAGACUUCGGCUCAUUGUCACCAGAAACGAUGCGCUUGUUGGGUCUCCCAGUUCUCGAAGAUGAACUCUUCCAUGAGCAGGAAGGCUUCCAUUCCGACUCUGAACCUUCUUUCAGCGACUUUUUCGGUUCCGACGGGGAGGGCAUACAGCCGGACGAUGACGACGAGCUCACAAGCUUCGAUACCUCGGACGAAGACGAUGAUAUCAGUGACCUUGAGGAUGCUCUUGUUGGAGAGCCCUUCCUGGCCCACGUUGGUGCAGUAGACCCUGCAGGUGGCACAUCUGCUGUAGAUCUAGCUGCCGCAAUGCAAGCUGGCGUAGACAUAGCUAGGCAGGACAUACCUCUGCUUGUCAUCGAAGAUCUAGACGGUCGACUCAUCUAUGCAAGAGCUGGAGACGGAGAAGCGGUGUUCGGAUCCGAUGGCGAGUUCGAAUUCGUCGACUCUGAUGAGGAUGACGAUUCGGACGAUGAUGACAUUGGCCACGCUCUAGACGCUCGUGACCCGCGCUGGGCCACUCCAGGUUGGAGGGCAGCAGGCAGAGGCCGCGAAGACGAUGCACAAGUAUUCGAAGACGAUGGAGACACCACUGACGAGCUCCCCGACGAGGAUAUGCCGUUCCCGAGACUGCUGGUCGGAUCCGUUGAUCCACGCGGCGGACGCACAUCCAGGAGAGCUCGGGCAAUGGCUGCACAGCUCCGCCGAUUGUCUCCCAACGGAACUUCUGCUGGUGGCAAGAGGGGUCAAGAUUCUGCUGCCGUUCCCGCCGACGAUGCAACAUCCUCGGUCGGAUCUUCCACUACUCCGGCUACCGAAGUUGAUGUACCUUUCCCGCCUGUUGCUGAAAGCUCCAAGCAAGGACAAGCAAAGGCGAACGUCGAUGGUGCAGAAGCAAGUGGCAGUACGGCGACGGCGGUGCCACUACCGCCCGCCACUCCCUCGGCCAAGGAUCGCUCAGCAACAUCACAUGCGUCGCUCGCGAAGAGUGCGCAGGGCAGCCGACCGGAGAUGGGCAGCUUCAUGCCUUCCUCGUCCAAGUCGGUACACCGCGCAGUUAUCGAUGGCUCAUCGCAAGCCGCAUCACCCUUUACCAGCAAGUAUUCUUUGCAACGAAAGGGCCUAGCUGGGAAGAGGCGACCUCGACGAUCCUCGUUCUCGUCUCACGACACGAAGCGUAUGCGUAGAAGCUCACUUCCGAUCGGCAGCGGAGAUCAUUUUAGUGAGGCAGUCUUGUCUUCACCAGAGACGAUCAAGACGCCUGCACCCUUGCCGAUGGACCUUGAUGAUGUCGUCGACGCAUCGAUGCUCUGGCGUAGCGGUGACUCGUCGGAUACCGGCACGGGCGAUGGCCUAGAUGAAGACAGCAAUGCUUCAGACGAUACAACGAUGCCAUCUGCAAGCAAGAGAACGAGAUCUCAUACCGAGCAAUCGAGCGGCGGCUUCGGUCUGAAUUCGAAUGCAUUCUCGAGGUGGCGCAAGAUUCCGAUGGGAGCCUUCCGAGACCAGCAGCAGAGUCUGUCAAGAGGGAGAGGAGCAUCUCCUGUCAACGGCAACAGCAAUUCUUCAGCAGGACCAUCAAGGGGUCGUGGUAGGACUGCGACGCACCAGCCACUGGGCAACCUCUUGCUCCAACGUGUGAACAGCCCGGCCGAUCGCCGAUUUGACCAUUCUCCCUUCAGGAGGACGGGCAGUCAUGGAGGCAGUCUCCACAUGGUCGUGCCUUCGGUCUCUGCGGCUGCGCAGGACAAUGCCGGCAGUCAUCAGCACCAGCAGUCCUUUAUCGUCUCACCCGUUCUGUGGCCAGUACGUGGUACUCGUCGAGGCAGCAUCGAAGAGUCAGACUCGACUUCCAUCACUAAGAGGCUGGAUGAGCGAGAUGGUGGAUUGAACCUACGUGGCGCAUCGCCCUUUGCUCAGAGCAGCACCGUAUCGGACACGGGCUCCAGGAAGAUGACCAAGCGAGAAAAGAGGGAAAGGAAAGCGCAGAGGGCCACGGCUAGGGCAGCUGCGAGGGCGGAAAAGCAGCGUCUGCGGGAGGAAGGGCUGGCGAGUGCCAGCGUACUAGGCGCUGGAGGGGAAGGCGAUGAUGCAACAAAAGGUACGGGAGAUGCUGCAACCCUCCAGGCACCGCCUCCUCUCCCACGCACACCGAACUUGGGCGAUGCGAGCGGAAGUGGACCGCGCCGAGCCCUCACGCCUCAAGACGCCCUGUCGCCUGCGACUGCUAUGCCUCGAUUGAGGAUCACAGAGCCUUCCCCACGCUCGUCACCUGCCCCGCCCACACUGCAGCAGAAUGGUACAGCGGCAUCAGCAGCGGCAGCUGAGCACGACUCGUCUGUGGCGACCUGGCAACGGAACCAGCAGCAGCAACCUAGUGGAGCUCAGUCCGACACCGCUAGCGCGUACCUUCCAGGUGACACACCACCCACCAAAGCCGUAGCAGUCGGAAGCAGCACCGGUCUGGGCGGCAGCAGCAGUGCGAAUAUCGCUCCUCGGAACACCCACCCUACCUCUUCUAGCGGUGCGGCUCCCUCUUCUUCCUCCCCCUCCUCCGCAACACCUUCCAUGGCGCCCAGCAUGUCGAUGUUCGGCCCACCACUGGCUUCACCACUCUUUGGAGCUGGACUUGGAGGCGGAGGGGGGCAAGGCGCUGCUCAUCUGAGAUAGCUGGCCUGAAGAGCCGUUAAGGAGAUUACGAGGGGAGGAUAGCGGAGCAGGCAUUGCAAUAGCCAACGAGUGAGCAGGGGAGCAUCGUGUGCACUCCUGAGGCUAUGCACACCAAGUUGGAAACUCCAGAAUACGAAUCAGAAUCAGAUCCAGAUCCAGACCCGAAGCCCUU